CAAAGAGGUUGGAACAGGAAGGAUUAUUGCAUUUUCAGCAGCUGAGCGUAAUCAUUAUUCUACAAUGUUCCAUUAAAAUCGUAAUUUCUCGCCUAGUUUACCUCAAUCUUUUCCAAAUUAUAUCUCUGAAGGCUGUAAAGUGUUGGAUAGUUGUGCAUAUCAAGUGGAAAGUGAAAUGGAUACGUGUUCUUCCCCAGAAAAUCCAGAUUCUCGUAAAAGGCCGCGCGACCCUGAAAGUGAGAAUGGAGUUUCCAAACGAUCCAACUACGGUGGAGGCAAAGAGUCACAAUACCACUUAAAAAUGUUAAUACCCAGCCUAGCAGCCGGAGCGAUAAUUGGAAAAGAGGGGAAAACUAUCGCUCAACUUCAGAAAGAAACUGGUGCUCGAGUGAAGAUGUCAAAAGCGAAUGAUUAUUACCCUGGGACAUCUGAGAGAGUCUGCAUUAUCAGUGGAACAGCUGAUGCAAUUAUGACUACUGUUAUCUUCAUCAUGGAGACAAUUCGAGAGAAACCUGAAUUGGGUGGUGGCAAAUUCGGCCUAGAAUCAGAGCGCGAAAAACAGCUGAAAGUUCUCGUACCAAACAGUACUGCUGGUAUGAUAAUCGGGAAAGGUGGUGCCUACAUUAAGCUUAUCAAAGAAGAAACAGGUGCAUAUGUGCAGCUCUCUCAAAAGGCUAAAGAAGGAACUUUGCAAGAGAGGUGCAUCACAAUCAGUGGCGAAAUAGAUGCAAACAAGCGAGCCUUAGAAUUAGUUCUAGCUAAAAUAAUGGAAGAUCCUCAAAGCAGUUCGUGUUUGAAUCUGAGUUAUGCAGAAGUAAAUGGACCUGUGGCCAACUUUAACCCAACUGGAUCGCCGUAUGCAAAUCUCUCACCUACAUCACCCAACUCUACUGCUGUAAUUGGCGGGGCAUCAGGACUUAAUCUAACAUUGAAUCUCAGUGGACCUGCAACUACAGGGCAUGGCUUGAACGCAGCUGUUAGUGUUCAGUUGAUUGAACAGAUUAAAAAUAUGUUACGGGCGACCGGAUAUUCAGAACAAGCUACCUCGCAAAUUUCUAGUGCCAUGUCUACACUUGCAAGGUAUGGAAUCUUGGGUUUAGGAUUAGGAUUAGGAAGUGCCCCAGUGGCACCCACUGGAAGUUUUUUUGAUGUAGCACCGAUGGAUGCAACGCCUGCGCACACAGUAGGAGGUGUGUUUGGGGCAAUCGGGACCGCCCCAUCAAACCGAGGCUCCAUAGACUUGGGCAAAUGUCUUGAUACAUUCCGUGCAGCUUCAAUCUCCCCCUCUAUCUCAAUCAACAACAAUUCUUUCGGUUUAGGUCAAAUUGAAGCUGCAAAAGACGUAAGGAAGGAGGAAAUCACAGUUCCAGAACUAAUUGUCGGUGCAAUUUUGGGGCCUGGUGGCCGCUCGUUGGUUGAGAUUCAACAACAAAGCGGUGCCACUAUUCAAAUCUCCAAGAAAGGUACUUAUGCACCAGGCACACAAGACCGAGUAGUCAAAAUUCAAGGCUCGCCGAGUGCCAUUGCAUCUGCCAGGUUUUUCAUUAAUUGUCGAAUCAACGAAGAAGAAGCCAAACGCAACCGAUAUACUGUCAUUCAGUAGUUAAUUCUUCGUUCCACUCGUUUCAAAAUGUGGUUACGUGUUACCAUUUUCCAUUUUUCCCUCCGUUUUUACUGGGAUUUGAAUAAUUUAUGUAUUCGUUGGUUGUAUUGUUAGAUUUUUCUGUAAUUAGCUCGUCCAACGCAGCACCGAAGGCACUCUUUGCAUGACCGUACUAUCUAAGGCAAAUUACUUGCACUUUUACUUAGUUUUUCAUCAAAGAUGAAGAAUUUUCCUCUCUCCUUGAAAAAGGAAAAAGGAUUAGUAGUAAAUAUGACCAGCUGUCACAAAUUUGACUGAAUCUUAGUUUUAAAUGUACCAUUGACUUUUGCAUUUCUCUGAUGCCACUCAAAUGUUCAUGUAUUGACCCUAAAUUCAAAAACUUGGCAACAAACUUAUGAGGAUAGGUCCAGCACUAUUUUCAAUCUUGCAUUGUGAAGUAGGAAUCCCUGUAAGGUAUUCUGCCUCUUUUCUUUUCCCCUGAUGUAUUCAAAGUGGAAAAAAUUGCAAAGUUUGGAAGUUGAAAACUUAAGGGAUUAUUAGGUCUGGGCUCAAGAGCUUCUAAAGGCCUUGUCUACACGAGCACGGUUUGUGGAACUUCAGGGGAGCUUGUUCCAUGAACUUAUUGUAACUCAACUGUAACUUGGAACUAAUUUGUCCAAACUGCACUCGUGUGGACAAGACCUAAAUUUGUCAUCACUCAAUUGGACUCAAAGCAAGUGCCCUCAAAUAUGAAGUAGGUCAUGUUUUUGUUUUUGGGGUUCAAUAACUCAUCAAGUAUUCAGUAGACAGUGCGUGUUCUUGCUCUACACGGUGAACUUCCCCAAACUGAUGAGAAAUGUCCUCUCUUCUAUGUGAAAAAAAUAAUCCUUGUCAUUUUCACCCAUUCAUUAAUGCCACUUCUGAGUAGGCAGAGAGUGCACUACGGCUGCAUUGUGUUGUUAUAACAGCGAGCUGUUGUCUAAUGUGAUAAAAACCAAAGCACUGAUUCAUUGGUGGUUUCACUCGAAGUGUUUUGGGAUGAAUGCAUGUGAUUUAAGAUUUGUUUUAUUUCAAGUUAUUUACGAAAGUUGUUCGUAAAAGUUAUAAUGUUUACUGUUACUUUUAAUUCAUUUGUUGACACUCUAUUUGAUUAAUGAUUGUUUUUAUUGUUAUUUAAUAGUCUCUAGCCUAAUUGUACGAUACUUCUAAUUGAUCUAGGAAUAUUAAGUUUAACAAGUCCUAACGUUCCUGUAGCCAGUUUUACUUCUUGGUUGUUUUUUGCUCAUCAGGAUCAGACUUAGAGUCUCUGUUAGAUAUAUAGGGGUUUUAUUAGGCUCUUGGUUUCUAUGAUACCUAAACUUCCCUCAGAUUUUCAAAAAAAUGAAUGGACACGAGUUCCCAUAAUUUUUCCCAAGACUAGAGGAACCCUCAAGAAAUUUGGUUCCACACCAAUCAGUUUGCAUCAGGUGAAACGUUUGAAUUAUUUUUCAAAUCAAUGCGUGAAUUCUUCUUCGAAGCAUCAUGUCUCAGACAUGACAUUAGACCUCACCCAAAAAUGCAAGGUAAGGGAAACAAAGGUAUGCUCCUCCUAUACAGACCACUCAAAAUCGACAAAACGCUUGGUCAGGUUGGUUUAGUUUUAGUCUUGGCAGGAAAUUUUCCCAGGGUCUUGGAAAAGAGGAGCAAUAAAAAUCAAAUAUUAUAGAACUGGAAUUCGCCCCAGAAGAAAAGAGGACCAAUAAAACUUGAAUAUUGCAGAAUUGGAACCCCGUUUUGAACUUCUUGCCAACACUGGAACAAAACGAACGCGACAGACAAUGAGCGUCAUACCGAUUUCUUGUGCUUAAUUAUGAGAAGAGCAAACUUUCAUCUCACUUACCUUGCCAAAAAUGCAUAUCAAAGGUAUAAAAGAAAUUGGGAUUCUUCCCAUAAUACAGAUGAAUUUCGAAGUGUGAAAGUAAUCAAUGAAAAAUUGCACUGAAAUACUAUAAAAUGUGUCAGUGUGAGAGGAUGGACAAAUUUAAAAUUCAUAUUUCCUGUUAACAAUUCAAACACUCUCUUUUCUGGCUGAUCUCUUUAUGAAGUUAGGUGGCACCUUUUUUGGCACAAUUUUGUCUUGAGGUAUCUCACCUGAAACUAACACGAGUGUUUUAAAUGCCAUUCAGAUACGGCCAAUUCACACAGAUUAGUGUGACACGAGCUGACCUUCAUGUCCUGGAGUAGUGAAGGUCCUGUUCUCAGAAUCAAACCGGACUAUUUUAUUUGCUGUUUGUAAAGUUGGAACAUUCUUUCACCGUCUUUCAGGUUUUGAGUUCUGGUAUUUAAUGUCCGCUCGGUUGUUUGGGAUAUCAUAGAACUAGCUCCUGCUCUCAAAGCUGUGAAGGAGCUUACACUGCUGUUUCCAUUUUUAAUGUGAUAGUUUAUUUGUCAGACAGAAAAAUGAUUUCAGUUCUCAUUUUGUGCCGAUUGUGGCUUUAAGUGAAAUCCCUUUUGUUCCAUGGCGUUUUUUUAUUUGUUUAUUCAUUAUUUUAUUUUUUUUUAUGGCUCAUAUAUGAUAUGCACGUUAUUUAAUUGCUUAUUCUAAUUGACUAAACUUGUCAUCAGUCCAAACUCAAAGAGAACUUGUGCUCAUUGGCAAAUCACAUGGAAAUUUAAAAUUUUCAUAAGUUUAAAACUUUCAAAAAGUUCUUCACUCUGGUGAUAUUGGUGUUAAAUUUCUCAAAGUGCCUACUGUAUCUUUUGGGCUUCUUAAAACUUUAAUUUUUAGGAGGAUAUUUCAAGGGUGAAAGAAUGAAAAGGGAAAAUAAAGUUAUCAUUGAAUAGUAUAAAACCAAGUCUGGACAAGUAGACUCCCAGAUUAGAUACCAGAGGCCGUGGCCAGUUAAGGUUUUGUACCAACUGAUGUCACUGAAGUAAAUGAAACAAGGAACUAAGAUUUGAGAUUACCAGUUAAACCCUUAUACCUGCUAACUUCUAUAAUGAAAUGCACUCUCACAGUUCUGGACGGCAUUUAUGAUGAAACUACUAAACUAUAUAUCUCGAUUUGAGGCAUUGCAAAUCUCCCCUCACAUUUAACCUAUUUGAAAAAAAAAGCUUAUUUCACAUCAGUUUUUGCAGACAGAAAAUUGUUUUAACAAAGACAACUCAUAAGUUUGCUUGUUGUUAUGAAGAAUAUUCUCCGAAAAUUUUGCACAAAAUUGUCGAGCAGUAUUUGUUGGAAAAGUUAAAUAUAAGCAGAAAUUUUUAACUCUGCACAUGAUUGAAAUCUAUGGUUUUGUAGUUUCGUCAUUGAUAUGUUGUUCUUUCUCGCCCAAUUUUUGAUCCCAUUUGCUGUAUCCUUCUUAAAUCCUUUAAAAUUGGAAAUUUCUUAGAUUUUCACAAGAUGAUAUCUUUAAAUACAACCCACGUUAGCUGCUGAAUCCAAACUGCGCGUAACCCCUAGUUCAUCUCUAUGGGGUAGACUAAUUUUAUACCGUCAAGUGAAGGAUAGCUUUUAUAAUGUUUCGAAAAAAGUCAAUAAUGGAUGGGGUAACUCUUGUCAAAAUCGUAUCUCUUGUAGAUAUGACCUUUCAUAAGCUGGUCAAUCAUUGAAAUUUCAUGUUUGUCCAUUGAGCUAGACUGAAGUGGAACAAAGCAAUGGGAUUGGUCGAUGUUAGGAAUCAAGAUGGAGUUUCGAGAACUUAUAUGGAGAGAUAGUUGAAAGAUAGUCUCAGAGAAGUCGCCUUUCCCUCGCCAAUUAGUCAUGUUUUGCCCGACAACAAACAAGGAAUUUCAACAACCAACCUAUUGAACUUUUGAGCAGACAGAGAUACAUCAUUCUCCGCAACCUAUGUUUAAGGAGAAGUCUAAGAGUGAUAAUUUAAAAAAAUUGUCUUUUCUAUUAUUAUUAAACAAAUUAGUUUACUCUUUGUGGCUGAAGAUGAAGUUUAUUUUACUUCUGCUAACAGUGUAAUGAAAAUUCUGAAAAACCUUGAAGAUUGUAGUAUCCCCCCUUUGAUGUCAUAGGUGAAAUUCAAAGCUCGUUAGUGCUUUUAAAUUGAAAUUGAAGCUGUCCAUUCAAGAGAAAGGAGUCAUUGAUUUUUAUUUUUAUGUUUAAAAUUGUUAUUAGACUAAUGAACUCACUAUGUUAAUUUUUUUAUUUCUCCUCCUAGUCUUUUCUCUAGAAGAAUUGCUGGGAAGCCACUUUUUCUUUAAGUUUUUUAUUUGUUGACUAAUCUGAUCCGCGUUUACAUAUUUUUUUUUCCUUGUCAGCUGCAUAUUUUGUUACUUAUUCAAUUACAAAUUUGAUUUUGUACAGUUCCAUCUAUCAUCAAGUCUUUAAAUGUAAUUCAUUGGCUGUUUUGUGACUCAAUUUUUCUUUGCACUGUCGAAAGUUUGUAUUUCUUGAUUUAAUUCAGGAUUCAGCUAAUUCGUGCUUCCUUCUUCAUGGCAUGAAGGACUAAUUUCGUGAGUUCGAAUCAGAGAGGUUAUAUUCACUGGUAAAAGAACAUAAUUUUUGUGAAUUAGUGGAGUCGACCGAUUUCUGUAGGCUUUGUCUGUAAGAGCUCUCAUGCUAUGAACUUACCCUCAUUGAAAUAGUUUGGCAAACUAUUUUUAUCUUAGUUGAAAUUGGAUCAAUAAAAGAAUAAGGUCGGUUAUCCUUGUACUUACCUUUGUUGAAGUUCAGGAGCAGUCAAAAGAUAAUUCCUGCAAAGAUAGGAGUUCCCCCACGGAGGCAAAACAUUAUUUAAGAGGUACCUACUCAAGUAUAGAAGAUGUAAACGACUCAUGUGAAAGGUAGAUCAUACCUUGAAGUGAUUCUUAACAUUCGUUCUAGCAAAACUGGCCUUGUCACUCUGCUAAAUUCUAGGUCUGCAAUCAGCAAUUAUUUUUAUAGUGCGAUGAAUAUUGUCCGUCCCCUUCCAGGAGGAAUAUCACAAGCUAACGUGCUAUAUUAGAGAAUUAAUCCCUAAAUGGCAUUUAUGAUAGAAAAUUAUGAUUUUUAUGAAAAGGGUCAUAGCGAUACUUCCGUAACUCCGGAAUAAAGAGAGUCUCGAAAAUCAGAGGGAGAUUUGCCCUCUGUUCUCAUCAGUUAAAUGAUUACCCCGUCACCAUGAUUUACAAAAUAUUUAAACUAACCACCCCCUGUCUUCUUUGAAUAUCGUUUACUCGUUUUCUUUUAAUCUCACAGCCAUUGACAGGUAGAUUUAACAGGAGAGGUGAGUGAAGGAUCUGUCAUUGUAGCCAUUAGAAAAUUAGGAUGAUGAAGCAUGUGUUGUCAAACUCAAAAUAAAUGCAUUUAUCAUCCUGUGAA